UCUGCCGCUCCUGAAACCAACGCUGUUGAUCAGCUUACCACUGAUCUCGGCAAUGCUUCCCUCAACGGCGGCGAUGCCAAGGCUCCCACCGUCGACACCAACGUCGCUGGCGAUGCUCAAGGCGACGAGGCCGCUACUCCCAGCACCGCCCAGACCCCCCACCCCCACGCUUCCGCUUCCCUCUACGUCGGUGAGCUGGAUCCCUCCGUCACUGAGGCCAUGCUCUUCGAGCUGUUCUCUUCCAUUGGCUCUGUUGCAUCUAUCCGUGUCUGCCGUGAUGCCGUCACUCGCCGCUCGCUUGGUUACGCUUACGUCAACUACAACUCCACCCCCGAUGGUGAGCGUGCUCUCGAAGAACUUAACUACACCCAGAUCAAGGGCCGCCCUUGCCGAAUCAUGUGGUCUCAACGUGACCCUGCCCUCCGCAAGACCGGCGCCGGGAACAUCUUCAUCAAGAACCUGGAUGCUGCCAUCGAUAACAAGGCUCUUCAUGAUACCUUUGCGGCUUUCGGCAACAUCCUGAGCUGCAAGGUCGCCCAGGACGAGAGCGGUGCCUCCAAGGGUUACGGUUUCGUUCACUACGAGACUGACGAGGCCGCCGCCGCCGCCAUCAAGCAUGUUAACGGCAUGCUUUUGAACGAGAAGAAGGUAUACGUCGGCCCUCACAUUCCCAAGAAGGACCGCCAGAGCAAGUUCGAGGAGAUGAAGGCCAACUUUACCAACGUUUACGUCAAGAACAUCGCCCUCGAGGCUUCUGACGACCACUUCCGUGAGCUGUUCGAGCAGUUCGGUGAUGUCACCUCGUCAUCUCUCGCCCGCGAUCAGGAGGGCAAGUCUCGUGGCUUUGGUUUUGUCAACUUCACCACCCACGAGGCUGCUGCCAAGGCCGUGGAUGACCUGAAUGGCAAGGACUUCCAGGGACAAGACUUGUACGUUGGCCGUGCCCAGAAGAAGCACGAGCGCGAGGAGGAGCUUCGCAAGUCCUACGAGGCUGCCCGUCAGGAGAAGGCCAGCAAGUACCAGGGCGUCAACCUGUACAUCAAGAACCUGAACGAUGAUGUCGACGAUGAGAAGCUCCGUGCUAUGUUCUCUGAGUUUGGUCCCAUCACCUCCGCCAAGGUCAUGCGCGAUAGCCUCAGCGAGUCUGGCGACGAGGCCGAGCCCAAGGAGGGCCAGGAAAACAAGGAGAACGAGGAGGAGAUUCCCGAAGAGCCUAAGGAAGAGGAUGACGACAAGAAGGAGAAGAAGUCCGGCGACAGGAAGCUUGGCAAGAGCAAGGGUUUUGGCUUUGUCUGCUUCUCCAACCCCGAGGAUGCUACCAAGGCUGUUACCGAGAUGAACCAGCGCAUGUUUGAUGGCAAGCCCUUAUACGUGGCCCUCGCCCAGCGCAAGGACGUCCGAAAGAGCCAGCUUGAGGCUAGCAUUCAAGCUCGCAACCAGCUCCGUAUGCAGCAGGCCGCUGCUGCUGCUGGCAUGCCUCAGCAGUUCAUGCAGCCUCCUGUCUUUUACGGUCCCGGCCAGCAGCCCGCCUUCCCUCCUGGCGGUCGCGGUUUGCCUUUCCCUCAGCCUGGUAUGGGCAUGCCUCAGGGUGGUCGUCCUGGUCAGUUCCCCAAUGCCUUCCCCCAAGGAGGACGUGGUGGCCCUGGACCCCAGGUCAUGCCCCAGAUGUACAUGCCUGGCCAGUUCCCCCCUGGCGCCGCUCCUUACGGCCAACCCAACAACCCUCAGUUCAUGGCUGCCAUGGCCCAGGCUCAACAGACUAUUGGUGGCAACGGCCGUGGCGGUCCUGGCGGUCGUGGACCUAUGCAAGGCAUGCCCGGCAUGGGUGGCCCCGGUAUGCCAGGAUAUCCUCCUAAUGGCCGACAGGGUCCUGGCGGCCGUGGUGGUGCCCCACGCAAUGGACCUGGUGGACAAUUCCCCGGCGGACGUGGAGCCCCCGCCCCUCAGCAAGAUUUAACUCCAUCUUCGCUGCUCCAGUCUCAACUUCAGGCACACAACGGAAACCCCCAGCAGCAGAAGCAGAUGCUCGGUGAGGUCAUCUUCCCCAAGAUCUCUGCUAUUCAGCCUGAUUUGGCGGGCAAGAUCACUGGUAUGCUCCUGGAGAUGGAUAACACCGAACUCGUCAACUUGAUCGAGGAUGACACCGCUCUUCGUGCUAAGGUCGAUGAGGCCAUGGCUGUCUACGAUGAGUAUGUCAAGUCCCAGGGCGGCGAG